AUGACGACCGUCGUUCCAGGACAAUAUCUCGUUCCUGAAUACAAAACUGAAGCCGGGGAAUCUGGGGAUGUUGUCUUACGCUAUUUUCCAGGUAAGGGCGCUGUGCUAUCAUCGAUAGACAGUGGGUCCAGGAGCAUCCCAGUGAUCGUCGCAACUGUGUUGGGCGAGCAGGUAAUCCAAGAAAUUAAAAAGAACGAACUAGAAACCCCAGAUCAUGAAACGAAUGAUGACAAGGAGGAGGAAAGUAUCAGCAAAAAGGAAGAUAGCAACAUCAGGACUUUCUUGGUUUCGGUCGUGCUGGGCAAGAAAAGCGAAUACACGCAAUAUGCGAAGGAAAUCGAUGCCUCCGCCUCAGACUCAGUCAGUGCUACUGCCACAAACUUGCCACGUGAAGGUGACGAAGUCUUGGUGAGAAUCACACGUCUUAAUUUGAAACAGGCUUUCUGUGAGGUCUUGUGUGUUUACGGAUAUGGAAACGUAUCUCCAGAUGGGGGGCUAGGCUCAAAUGGAACUUCCGCACACUUCUCAGUUCCCAUGGGAGGUGGAUCUCAGAUUCUCUCAUCCUAUGGAGCCGUGGCAUCUUCCCAGAGCUUCAUGUCUGGCGCACAGCCAUUGGAUAUUGGUGAAGCAUUCAAGGCCGUGAUAAGAAGCCAAGACGUCAGAUCCACGGAUAGGGAUAAAGUGAAAAUAAUCGACUGCUUCAGGCCUGGCGACUUGGUCAAGGCUGUAGUUCUUUCGCUCGGUGAUGGAUCCAACUACUACCUCACGACCGCCCGGAACGACCUCGGCGUGAUUUUUGCCAAGAGCGAGGGCGGUGCGGGUGACCUGAUGAUCGCCGUCGACUGGGAGACAAUGGUGUGUGAAAAGACUGGCGUUGUUGAGAAGAGAAAGUGCGCCAAGCUAUUUGAGUAG